CCCACUGCCCCCAGCUCCUGGGCACCUGCUCCAGUCCUGGAGUCCAUUGAAAUCCUCAGCAAAGCCCUAGAAAACCACAUCCUCCUGGGUGAACAGAUUUCACAUUGAGCAGCUGCAGACGGAGAAAUCAGAGAAAGCACAACCCAGCCCGGAUUCCGAGGGGCCUGCUGGGGACUCUCUCCUCCGGCUUGAGAAGGAAGACCCCGAGGCCAGAGUCCCCGGCCAGGUCCCGCCAGCUGCCAUGGGACUCGCGGCCGCCGCCCUCCAGCUGCCCUCCACUCGGCCAGGCAGAUAAGGGCGGGCACUGCCCCAGGAGCACCUGCCGCCCCCUGCCGGGCAGCUCCUCUGUGGCCAGCCCUUCCCCAGCCUUGGGGCACCUUCACUGACCCGAGGCCAUGUAGGCCCCAUCUGGGCCUUUGUGGAGAGACACACACGGCCGGGGACACCGCCUCUGCUCUCUGGGGGACACAGCGCGCCACCAUGUCCUGGGGAAUCGCCGGGCUGCACUAUCUCGGGAUCCUCCUUGGCAUGGCCUUGGGGAACGAGGGUUUGGAGAUGUGGCCCUUGACACAGACCGAGGAGUGUGCGGUUACCGGCUUUCUGCGGGACAAGCUACAGUACAGGAACCGUCUUCAGUACAUGAAACACUACUUCCCCAUCAACUACAGGGUCAGCGUGCCUUAUGAGGGGGUGCUCAGAAUGGCCAACAUCACCAGGCUGCAGAGGGCGCGGGUCAGCCAGCGGGAGCUGCGGUACCUGUGGGUCUGGGUGAGCCUCAGCGCUACGGAGUCGGUGCAGGAGGUGCUGCUCGAGGGCCACCCGUCCUGGAAGUACCUGGAGGAGGUCCGCACGCUGCUGCUGGACGUGCAGCAGAGCCUCACGGAUGUGGAGGUCGGCCCCAAGGUGGACGCAACAGUGUCACUCCUGAGUGCCCCGAGGCUAAGCCUGAAGCUGGUGCGACCCAAAGCCCUCCUGGACAACUGCUUCCGGGUCAUGGAACUGUUGUACUGUUCGUGCUGUAAACAAAGUUCUGUCCUAAACUGGCAGGAUUGUGAGGUGCUGAGCCCUCAGCCCCACAGCCCGGAGCCCUCAUCGCAGUGUGCGGCUGCCCAGACCUACCCUCUGUCCCAGCGGCCCCCUACCUCCCUCCCUCGCUUCCCAGGAUCCGAGACCAGACCCCCGGCUCAGUGAAACUGCUGAGGGCACAGGCAGAGACCUCUUGCCCCGAGAGGCCCGUGUGGUGACUUAUAUGGGAAAGCUCGAGGUGCUUCCACAGUUCGGUUGAACCUGAGACUUCUCUGGGCCGUGGUGUGGAGCCCCCUACCCGCCUUGAGAGGGGAAGCCCCAGGAGAGUGUUUUUCCUUUGAGGGGAUUCUGUGCCUGAGAAGGGCUCAGCUCCCCGCAUUCUGUACCUCACCUGGUCUCCCCUGGAGCAGCGGGGGUCUGGGGGUACCUGAGGGGGGACAGAGGUCUCUCCUCUUCCUGCACCACCUGGGCUGCCUACUGGGCCUGGAGGCGUUGCCGAGUGUCUCCUGUGGCCUGCAGAGGCGAGAACUGUGCCGGGCAGGCGGGCGAGCACGGGGAGGGAGGGGGCCGGGCCACACACCCCGUCUUGCCACAAUGGAUGCUC